UACAGGUUUGAGCUAUCUGGAAGAUGAAGCCCUGGCUGCAGUUGAUGUUCUUCACCUGUAUUUUUUCAAUCUGGCACACAGAAGCAGAGUUCUUCACCUCCAUAGGUCAAAUGACAGACCUGAUUUAUGCGGAGAAAGACUUGGUACAGUCUUUAAAGGAAUAUAUCCGAGCAGAAGAGAACAAGCUCUCUCAGAUUAAAAGCUGGGCUGAAAAAAUGGAUAUACUGACUAGCAAAUCAACCUCUGAUCCAGAAGGGUAUCUAGCACAUCCUGUAAAUGCAUAUAAGCUGGUGAAGCGUUUAAAUACUGACUGGCUGGAAUUGGAAAACCUCGUUCUUCAGGAUACAACAAAUGGCUUUAUUGCAAAUCUUACAAUUCAGCGUCAGUUUUUUCCAACUGAAGAAGAUGAGACUGGAGCUGCAAAGGCUCUGAUGCGCCUGCAGGACACAUACAAACUGGAUCCUGAAACUCUCUCUCGAGGAAACUUACCAGGAACAAAAUACAGAUCCUCUUUGACAGUAGGUGACUGCUUUGGUAUGGGGAAGACUGCUUACAAUGACGGAGACUACUAUCACACAGUACUCUGGAUGGAGCAAGCCUUAAAACAACACGAUGAGGGGGAGGAUACAACAGUCAGCAAAGUGGAGAUCCUAGAUUAUCUCAGCUAUGCUGUUUUCCAGUUUGGGGAUUUACACAGAGCCAUGGAGCUUACCAGACGUCUGAUAUCCCUUGACAGUACUCAUGAGAGAGCAGGCAGUAACUUGCGGUACUUUGAGAAGUUGCUGGAGAAGGAGAGAGAAGAGAAGGAGAAAGAGAAGUCAAUAAACAAGACCAUGAUGACGACAGAACCAGUGGUGCAAAGUGGUGCCUAUGAGAGACCUCUUGACUACUUGCCAGAGCGUGAUAUCUAUGAGGCCCUUUGCCGAGGUGAAGGCGUGAAAAUGACACCUCGGAGACAGAAAAGGCUGUUUUGUAGGUACCACGAUGGAAACAGAAACCCUCAUCUGCUCAUAGCUCCCUUUAAGGAAGAAGAUGAAUGGGAUAGCCCUCAUAUUGUACGAUACUAUGAUGUCAUGUCUGAUGAAGAAAUUGAGAAAAUUAAACAACUAGCUAAGCCAAGAGUAAGUUUCCCCUCUUCCAUCUCACUAGUGACUGCUAAUUCUGUGCUUUAA